AUGGUCUCCAGGACACGAAACUUUUUGCUCUUGGCAGCAAAUAUUCUCAUCCCAAUUGCUAUAUUGAUAUUUGCCAGUGGCUUCUUUCCUUAUAAGCCAUUUCUCUCUGGAUUAGCACAGUAUGAGUCUCUGGAUUUUGGAGAACCUCCGGAGGCUCCAUUUGAUAAGGUCAUCUUCAUGGUUGUUGAUGCGCUGAGGAGUCUCAUCUCCAAUGGCGCUGCACUUCCAUUUACAGCUCAUGCGACUUCCCCUACCAUUACCAUGCCAAGAAUAAAAGCUAUAACAACUGGAUCUAUCCCUUCUUUUCUCGACGUAAUUCUCAAUUUUGCAGAAUCAGAUACAUCUUCGUCUUUGGCGACUCAAGAUACAUGGCUAGCACAAAUGAAAGCAAAAGGGGGAGGAAAGAUGGUCAUGUAUGGAGAUGACACUUGGUUGAAGCUAUUUCCAGAAACUUUUGAUAGAGUAGAUGGAACUUCAAGCUUUUUUGUUUCGGUCAGUCGUCGAGUGGUUGAGACUGAUUUUACUGAAGUGGAUAAUAACGUGACGAGACAUGUUCCGGAAGAGUUGAUGAAUGAUGAUUGGAAUACUAUGGUUCUUCAUUAUCUGGGACUUGAUCAUAUCGGACAUAAAGCAGGUCCACGAAGCCCGAAUAUGAUUCCUAAACAACAAGAGAUGGAUGGGAUUGUCCGGCUGAUCUAUGAAAACAUGGAAGCGAAAGACUAUCUAAGCUCGACUCUCUUAGUUCUAUGUGGUGAUCAUGGUAUGAAUGAUGCUGGUAAUCAUGGUGGUUCUGCUCCAGGAGAAACCUCCCCAGCUCUUGUCUUCAUGUCGCCAAGAUUUAAGGGGCUUAGCCAGCAUUUUGAAGUACCUGCUCCAUUUGAAGAGGAAUUCCAAUAUUACAAAACGGUUGAACAAUCUGACAUUGCUCCUACACUUGGAGCUCUACUUGGAUUUCCUGUACCUAGAAAUAACUUGGGAGCUUUCAUUGAUGACUUCUUACCAUUUUGGCCUGAAAGAAAUGACCGUGUUCAAAUCUUACUGCGAAAUGCAAGACAAAUUGUCAGCGUAGUCACUGCAACAUUUCCAUCAUUUGAAAACGACGGUCCUUCCGACAAUUGUCAUGAACUAUCAAGUAGUGUUGAUGACUUGGCAUGUCAAUGGAGAAGGAUUACUCAAGUUCUAACUGAUCUCAAGUCUAACGAGAAAGAUUAUGAUGCAUGGGUUGCAGCCGUCACAAAAUGGUUGAAGGAGGCUCAAGACUUAAUGAAUGGUACUGCCAGCAAUUAUGAUGUCAAGAAAUUGGUUGGUGGCCAGAUCAUUGCAGCUUUGGCUUUUGUCAUGGCAGCAGUGGCCGCGGGGCCAUUUGUAGCAAACCAUCUUAAGUCUUGCAUUCCGUUCAUAGCUAUUUGCUUGACCUACGGCAUCAUGAUGUUUGCUAGUAGUUAUGUUGAAGAGGAACAGCAUUUCUGGUAUUGGACAACUACAGGAUGGUUAUUCCUCUUAUCGAUCAAGAAUAUACGUCGUCAAUCUCGCGAACUUUGGUUACUGGCCAUUAGCUCUUUAUUGAUUCUGGUUGCUACUAGGAUUGCUAGACGAUGGAAUCAAACCGGCCAGAAAUUUGCCGGAGUUACCUAUCUUUGGAAUCUUCAAUCACUUGCCAACAGAGGAUUCUCCCGUCUGCCACAGAUCGUCGCUGGUGCAAUUUCUACACUUUUAGCCACUGCAGCAAUCACAUUCAAACUUGCCUUUACAAAUGAAGAUUCACCCGAACUUCUGGCAGGUCUAGCAAAAACUAUGGCCGAUGGUGAUACUGGCAUUCCACUCGUUCUCCGGGCAAGGUUGGUAUUCAUCGGCAUUGCAACUUGUCUAGUAUAUACUAUACUAUCUAGUUUCGGUCCACCAACCAAACGUGCAAAUGUCCCCAUGCGCACAAUUCACGACCUUAUUGUCCUCUUCCUAGUCACUCAAACACGAGCAACCAACAUUCCGCUCAUCCUAAUCUUUGAACUUCAAUUUUUCCUCUUAUCAACCCUCAAUCUCUCCCUCGUAGAAAUAACCACUACAACCCUCCUCCUCCAACAAACCUCCUUCUUCGCCCUGGGAAACUCAAACGCAAUUUCCUCCAUCGAUCUCUCCUCCGCCUACAACGGCGUCGAUUCCUACAACGUAUUUGCGGUGGGCAUCUUAAUUUUCGCCUCCAACUGGGCCGGUCCUCUCUACUUCAUUUCAGCUAGUAGUCUCCUACUAUUAAAACACUGGAACAAAGAUAGAGUAAUGAGAAAAAUGUAUGGGGAAAUCAUAUAUCUCUCUUAA